AGUUCCCUCCAUGUUGUCCACUAGGAGGUCUCUCCCCAGAUUCCAUCACAGGCCUCUUCUCAGCCACCUUCCUAAUAAGAUAAAGUUGAAAGAACCAGUAAAAUCUGCUUGAAAGAAGGAAGGGCUUAAGGGAAAGGGUCAAUUUUUUUUAAGGGGUCAGUUUUAAUUUGAUGAGUUUAAUAAACCUGUUAAACAAAGCUUAUUAUCUGGGUCUAGAUAUAAUUAGGAGUUAGGAAGGCCUAAUUAAAUCUAAGAUAAGUUUUUUAGUGAAAUUGAUUUUAAUUAACAGACAGACCUUACUUAUCAGACAUACCCCUUAACUAAAUACAGUGUGGACUCCAGGUCUGUAGCUUCAGAUCAGCUGGGAACCUGGGUCAAAUCCAGGCCCCACUCCAGACCCACUGGAUAAAAAACUCUGGGGUGGGGCGCAGGGAUUUGUUUGAAUAAAGACUCCAGGUGAUUCCAAUGAACUCUAGAGUUUGAGAACCACUGAAAUAGAAGAAUGAUUGGUAAAUUUCACUAACUAGAGAAUUUAAUCAGGGAUUUUAAUAAUUGGUGUAAUUCAUCAACUUGGAUUAAGUUAAAUAGGGAUCCCAAUCAAUUAUAGCCAUGUCUUCACCUGCAGAUUUAAGUAGUUAAUGCUCUUUAACAAAAAACAAAGUAGCAAGGGUGUUAUACUAUAGACUGUCAUUAGAACUAAAAUAAUACCUGGAAUAAAAUAAUUAACGAUAUGAACCAGGCAGUCACAUUCAUUAAUGAGUUCAAUGUCACUUUGACAGGUUAAAUUUCAGCAAGAUGCUACUAGUGAAUGCAGCUGGAGAAGGAUGGGAGAGGGAGAGGGAUCCUGUGCUCUCUGGGUGUCCCAGCCCCCUGAAGUUCGUACCCAGGAGGGAGUCACUGCCUUCCUGCCCUGCUCCUUCAACGCCAGCCGAGGGAGACUGGCCAUUGGCUCUGUCACAUGGUACCGGGACAAGGUGGCCCCAGGGUACGAGGUGGGGAACAGGACCCCAGAGUUCAGGGGCCGCCUGGCCCCUCUCGCCUCUUCCCGCUUCCUCUGUGACCACCAGGCUGAGCUACACAUCUGGGACACACAAGGCCGUGACGCUGGAGUCUACGUGUGCAGAGUGGAGGUGCUGGGCCUGGGUGUCGGGACAGGGAAUGGGACUCUGCUGGUGGUGGAGACAGAACCUCCUCAGCAAGGGGCUGUCACAGCCCUCCUCCUUCGGGCUGGAUUCUAUGCCUUCAGCUUUCUCUCUGUGGCCAUGGGCAGCACCAUCUACUACCAAGGCAAAUGCCACUGUCACAUGAGAACUCACUGCCACUGCUUAGAUGGCCUCUGAUGAGUGAUUCCAGACUCCAGCGAUCCCAAUGCUCUUCAAGAGACCCCAAUAAAUCUCUCUCUGCCCCACCACUAACUUCUUAUGAGUCUCUGUGUAUUUACUUCUCUGUUCUCCAGAAGCUCCAGCGUGCCCCUCUCCAGAUUUCCCUGACUCUUAACUCUCCCUUCUAGUAAGUCUGGCCUGGAAAGGUCCAAGGAGGGAGGUUCCCAGCAAUUGUGCUUAGAGCCUCCUCCUACCACCAUCCUGGGGCUUGACA